AUGCCAGUGCCGUUCGACCCGACGAGCCCCGAUGUCGCUGGGCUGGCGCCGACGUGGACGUCCGGACGUCGCGUGAUGCACGCCGUCCGCGGUGGCAGCGCGUUUGUGGUAAUUGACGCCGAAAACGUUCAUGGCAGCGGCGUCCGCCGCGGCGACCACGUCCAUGACGAAUUUGUCCGGAAGCUGGACGCCAAGCUGAAGAAGCUGCAGCAGCACCACAGGCAGCAGGCGGCGGCGCCGGGAGCGGCCGUCCGGCGGCCGAUAUUCAUCACCACCGUCAAGACCGGCGUGUUCCUGGACCCGCCGCCCGACCUCGCCGCCCUGCUGGGCCUCGACGACGGCAGCUCGUCCGCCAACAACGGGUCCGCGUCCAAACGUUCCUAUUACUCGUACUCGAGCAAGCCGCGAGUACUCUACGACAAACAACAUCAGCGGUGCGCGCCUUGCAAAAACGAACCCGACGACAUGUGCAAACAAUUGGGCUACACGAACAUCAUGCACGACAAGCGAGUGAUCAGAGGCAGCAAUUUUGCCAAAAAGCCAUAUCGUCCCAAAUGGAAUCCGUAUUUUGGUUAUGCCAAACAGUUGUCGUCAGAGUUAAACAAAGAGUAUUCGGUCACUCGCGACGACGAAGCCCGGCGCCGUGCGAUGGCCAGAAAGAAAGCCAUGGACUACCAGACCCGGGCUUUGCGCUUGCACUUGGGCGGACCCAAGUCCAGAGGUCGACAGAACGUCGACAGUCAAACGUCCAGCCACUUGGAAGAACUAUACGAGAACCCGUCGUCGCAGACCUUUGGUGCUCAAACCGACGAAUUCGGAUGCGAACCACUGACUAAUUGGCGAACAGCGACUUCGACCACAAUGGACGCGUCCACCCAAGUGGACGACAACGAUCUGUUCGAUUUCGACACUAUGGUCACGUCUGUAGCCGAAUCGCUGGUUCAAAACACCUUCAAGAAAGCCAUCGAGGAGAUACUUUACGAAGACGAGUUGGACGCUCUGGCUCGGCACCGGAGAACGUUACAAUCGAAACACACCGCCGAAGAACAAAUAGAAACGCAAAGGCUGCCCGAGAUCUCUGCCGACCACACUCGGUGGUUUGACAAAGCAGUGACAAAAGAUGUUGUGUCAGCUCAAGAAGACGUCUUGUUGACACCCGAAAGCGUGUCCAACCUACUUCCCGAGGUACUUGGCGAUCUCAUCGGAGACGGGUUGGUGACUGACGCUGACGCCGCCGCCAAGACAGUUGAAAGCCCCGAAUUCGCAUCGCGGUUAAUGGAACAACUACAAGCAGACCACACAAGUCGUAUCGAAAAUGUCGUUAUUUUAAAAGGUAUGAUUCGAAAUGCAGUGAAAACCCGACUGACCGUGUUGGAAGAUACUGGCGUCGCCGAGGUGCAGGACGACCUUGGUCCCAAAGACAACCACGACUUAGAAAACACCAGUCGAGAAGAAGUGGACAACUCAAAGCAAGAAGCCAAUGUUUGAAACUGGAAUUAUUUGAAUUGACAUUGAUUGGAAUCUACAUUCAUUUGAAACGAUAAACUUAGAACCAAUAAUCCUGGAAACGACUUAAAGGAAAAACUUAAUUUGGGAUGAAUAAACUUGGAAACUGGCCCGGCCCCCAGACUGAUAUCUUAUAUCUAACGAAUUUAAGCCAAGUCGACACGGUGAGAAAGUGCUAAGCGUGUGGGUCAGGAAAUGGAGUUUCAAAUAAACGGCGAUUCCAAGGGUUAUGCAUUCUGUAUUUGAGUUGGUGAACGCAACAGUAGCUUAACACAUCAACCAAAAAAAUAAAUUCUAAAUAAAAUAGUACUAUUAUCUCAUUUUUUUUACUUUUUUUUUUUUUAGAUUAGACCACUGUUGCGCUCACCUCCUCGUUUAUUGGUAGUAGUCGUUUCCAAAUUUUGCAAACGAAAUAUGGUUUCCGAAAAUGUCUUUUCAAAAAUAGUAGUUUCGAAUAUAUUUUGUUUUUUCAAAAUCAAGUCGACGACCAACAGCAAGCCAAUGCAGAAACAGCUCGGCAGUCGACCACUAUACUGUCAAGUCGAGAGGGAGAUUCAAUCAAAAUUUUUGUGUUUUUUUUUUUGUUUAAUUAUUAUUAUUACUAUUAUUAUUAUUAUCGUUAAAAAACGUAA